AGGUACCAUUUCAUGCGCAGCAUACUGCCGCAGCAACUCGCUGCUAUUGGUUGAAGAAUUGUUACUAGAUGCUGCAAAAUAAAUUUCACCAUAUUUUGCUUCAUCGCUGUGAAGUUCAAUUGAACCUUUGACUAUAGAAACCUGGACUGCUAGUUACGAAAUUUAAAGUCACUAGAUUAUAAAGUACCGCAAUUCAUAAGAUACAUGGGAGUCAAAAUGGCGGCGAAAAGUGUAGAUAGUGUAUAGGUCGUGUAAGUCAUUUGCGCUUAAAGUGCAGCGAAGCCUUUCCAACUGUACCAUCUGUGUAGCGCGUAGUGCAUAGGCGAUUGAAAUUGUAACGUCCCAAAUCCUAACCUCUAAUGUUGAAUUCGUCACGCGAGGAGUAUAACCGUAGCAGCAUUGAUUAUCUUAUAUUUUCCAACCGGUUUUACACAAAGACCGUGUUCUUGUCUAACCUUCUAUUGUACGUAAAAGUGACUUUAAUUGUACGGAAUCUUGCAAAAUGCCAGGUUGCUGUGUAAACAAUUGUAAUAAUCGCAGUGAAAGAGGGUUCAGAUUAUUUCGAGUACCAAACGGAAAGAAUACUGAGAAAAGACAAGAAUGGCUUAAAUUAAUAGGAAGAAACACAUUGCCAGAAAGGGCUGAUAUCUGUGAGGUGCAUUUCAGUGAAGAUCAAUUCGAGAAGAAUAGAGCAGAUGGAAAAAAAUUGCUUCGUCCAUUUGCCAAACCCAAUUUUAAGCUUGCAGUAUCUUAUUCUCGAAUAGAUGUGUACAAAGAAAAUAUUAAUUUUUUGCGAGAUUUUAUGGAAAUUGUCCGAGGAAUUACGGUCGGAAACGGAGCAUGGAAACCAUUUCAAAGCGGAUUAUUACUUUGCACACAAACUGCUUUAGAUGUACAAGCUGAAUAUUUAGAAAAACAUAAUUUUCAGUUUUUAUUGUUAGGAAGAUGUACACAAGAUGCAUUGGAAAAUCUAUUUUCGCAAAUUCGAAGUAGAAAAUCUGUACCCGACGCACGUAAGUUUAAACAGACGUUUAGAUUAAUUUGUUUGUCACAAUUCCAAGCCAAUAUAAAUCGAGGAAAUUAUUCUGUUAGUAACUCUCAAGACCUUAUUAAUUAUUGCGACAAAAUUAAGCACUUUGAUUCCAAAAAUACUUCCAUAGAAGAGAGAAGCCUUCAGAACAAUGAAGACUUAUGGGAUGUAAAUAUUUAUCAAUCAUUACUUGGAGACGAAUCCGAUUUAAAUGAUACAAUACAAGCUGCGUUGUAUCAUUUAAUAGGUGCUUUGCUAUUUAAAAUUAAAAAAACUUUCUACAUUGUAAUAAUUGUUUUAAUAUCCUGACUAGAAAUGAUUCUAACAACAAUUGUGCUAAGUAUGAUAAUCUUUGUCUCUAUUCUAAAUUAAGAGAAUAUAAAGAAAAUAUUUUGAUAUUUCCGAAUAUAGAUGUAUAUAAUGUUAUCUAUAAAUGCGAAUUAUUAUUUCGCAAAAAUGAAACUAACUUACUUAGUAAUAAAUUAAAAGUUAAUGAUUUUAUAAA